AUGCCCAAAAGGAAGGUCAGCUCCACCAACGGGGUGGAGAAGAAGGAGCCCAAUGGAAGGGCAGCGAGGUUGUCAGCUAAAUCUGCUCCUGCAAAAUUGGAAAUGAAAUCCAAAAAGGCGACAGGAAAGGAUAAAUCUUCAGACAAGAAAGUGCAAACAAAGGGGGAAGGCAAAGCAAAGAGAAAACAGGCUGAAGUGGCUAACCAAGAGACAAAAGAAGACUUACCUGCAGAAAAUGGAGAAACUAAAAAUGAGGAGAGCCCAUCCUCUGAUGAAGCAGGAGAGAAGGAAGCCAAAUCUGAUUAA